GCGAAACCGAUGCAAGCUACAAAAUUUCUUCACCUUAAUCCUCAUAUAUCUCCUUAAAACUCUACAAUGUACAAGGGCAAGGUGAACGCUCCGUUUAAGCCUCCUAGAAUGCGCCCAGCGCUGGCUGAAGGGCAACCCGACAACGUGGCACCGCCACCGAAAAAGACGCCAGUUACUGCUCUACCAGUAGCCAGAAGGACGCCAGUUACAGCCCCAUUAACUGGAAAAACGCCAGCACCAAUCCAAACAACUCCUGCUUCGAUCAAACGAGUCCAGAGGUCGCCGCCACCGGAGCCCGUUUCUGACGGCUCUGACUCCAAACGAGUCUACUUUGCGCUCUGGCGCAAACCGACGUCUAAAAAGCACAAGACGUGGGACGGGGACGCGGUCGUCAUCCACAACCUCACUGCCGGAACUUUGGUCGUGAAAGGGGACAACGGUGGCACAUACAAGCAAUUGACACGGUCAAGCAACACGGCAAAAUUCACGGGUGAAGCCGGGGUGGUCUUCUCUGUGGGCGGCUACGAGUGCGAAAUUGAACACCAGAUCACCGAUUCCGCAGAAUUGGCCAAGUUUGAUGCUACCCUUGAUCCAAUAGAUAUAAAACCACCUAAAGUGAAAGUGGAGACGAGAGUGCCUAAAAGUAUCCAAGUGACCCAGUUCAAACCUGUGAUCAAAGCGAAACCCAAGACGGGUGCAAGAACACCGCUACACGAUCCUCUGGCCCCAGGUGCCCUAGUGAUGCCCCUAGGGCCUGACCAUCUGACGGAAGUGAUUGUGGACCCGAUUCUUUCCCAACACCUCCGUGAGCACCAGCGAGAGGGGGUGCGGUUUCUCUAUGAAUGUGUAAUGGGGAUUCGUGAGUUUGGGGGUACCGGUGCGCUCCUUGCGGACGAAAUGGGGCUUGGAAAAACCCUUAUGACUAUCGCCUUGGUGUGGACGUUGGUCAAACAGUCACCACUAGAGCUGCCCACUCCUGUUGCCAGAAAGGUGCUCAUCGCCUGCCCUGUCACGUUGAUUGGCAACUGGGAACGCGAGUUCAGGAAGUGGUUGGGGCUCCACCGUAUCGGUGUGCUCGCCAUCAAGAACUCCAAGGUUCCACACAAAGAUAGGUCUGAUAUCGUCAGCUUCAGUAAGACAAAGGUGUACCAGGUGCUCGUGAUGGGGUAUGAGAAGAUCCUGACAAUGCAGGAGGAGUUAUCCAAGACCACGUUUGACCUCAUCGUGUGUGACGAGGGUCAUCGCUUGAAGAACGGUGCGAACAAGUCCCUAGCCGUGUUGAACAGUUUGAACACGGAGCGCAAGGUGGUAUUGAGUGGGACACCGAUCCAGAAUGACUUGACCGAGUUUUUCCAAAUUAUCAACUUCAUCAACCCUGGGGUCUUGGGAACCUUUGCGCAGUUCCAGCGCGAGUAUAUCCGCCCCAUCCAGCGUGGCCGUGAGGUGAACUGUAUCGAGGUGGUGCGGGAAAAGGGCGAGGACAAGGCACGGGAGUUUAUCGAAUUGACCAAUGCCUUUACCCUCAGACGCACAAACAGUGUGAUUGCCAACUAUCUUCCGCCGCGAACCGACUUGUUGUUCUUCUGUCCGCCGACCGAGUUGCAGGUAAAAUUGUUCCGGAUCAUGGUCGGCUCCAACGCGUACACCAAGGCGCUUCGCAGCGCCGCGGUGCAGGAUUCUCUCACGUUGAUCAACGUCUUCCGCAAAAUCUGUUCUUCCCCCUCAUUGCUCACCGAUGACAAGCUCUUCAGCUCGAUGAUGGAUCCAGACGACGCUGCUGACCAGAUGUUGCUCAGCAAGAUCAAGACGAAAAAGACAAGCGGAAAGCUCAAGACGUUGGUCCAUUUACUUUUUGCCAUUCAGAAACAGUCCAACGCCUCCGAGAAGGUUGUAUUGGUGUCAAACUACACUCUGACGUUGGACAUGCUUCAAGAGAUCUUGUUAUCGAUCAACAUGUCUUACACCCGACUUGACGGAUCUACCCCGCCGCGACUCCGCGACAGCAUUGUCAAUAGCUUUAACCGGUCAUCUGUGGCCAACAGCUUUGUGUUCUUGCUUUCAGCCAAAGCCGGCGGUGUGGGCCUAAACUUGAUUGGCGCGUCGCGCUUGAUUCUCUUCGACAAUGAUUGGAACCCGGCGGUAGAUCUCCAGGCGAUGGCGCGCGUGCAUAGAGAUGGCCAGAGGAAGCCUGUGUUCAUCUACCGUCUCUUCACCACGGGGUGUUUGGACGAGAAGAUCUUGCAGCGCCAAUUGAUGAAGAGUAACUUGAGCGACAAGUUUUUAGACGACAAACUUGGUGCUACCGAUGAUCUUUUUGACAUGUUUGAUCUCAAAGACUUGUUUAGUUUGGGGUUGGAAACUACCUGUGGGACCCACGACUUGAUGGAAUGUCCGUGCGAGGGGCUAGGUGAGGAAAUUGAGCCGGAGGAUAGUGAAGAGGUGAAAGAGAAUGAUGAGGAAGUAAAAGGCGAGAAAGAGAGCGAGAGUAAUCAGGGGUUUGUGACCGCUUUAGACUAUCAGAAAGCGUCGCAGGACUCGUCCCAGAAGAAGAGAACAAUCCAAGGGGCCUUGGUGGGGUAUCGUCACAUUGAUCCUGUCAAGAUGGGAAUGGAAAUUGACUGUCGUGAUGAGGCGACGGAGGAUUUCCUCAAAGGGGUAGUAGUUCGCAAGGAAAAGUCACCUAUCAGCUAUAUGUUUGUGAAGACUAGUGCUCCUGGUUUAGCGGGUUAGAUGUGCGUGAUGGUUUUCAUGAAUGGUGUGGAUGAAUUUAUUGGACUCGGAAAUCGUUUAUGUGAGCACUGUACGGUGUAGUAUAUUUAUGAGCCUUGUACUUGAAAGGUAGCCACUCAGGAUAGUUGAAAGUUUCAAAGCCUUACUUAAUACUAGUAUUUAUGAGUAGUGGUGGCCCACUGAAACCAUAGAACGGUUGAAAUGAAC